CCGAAACACAAAUGACUCACGAAGCCAGAUAAUCUCUAGCAGGACUUUGAAAACGGCCAUCACUAGAAAAUAGUUUUAACUACGCUACUACCCUUUAUUAUUUGUUCAAUAAAUAGCCGAAGCUUAUUUUCCGAUUAUGACACGCAGUUGGUCUCCAGAGCGGCAGAUGGCGGUAGAGAGUCGAUCGGAUCCCUGACUCCGGAGCAGAGGCAGAGAGAGACACAAACACAAACAAAUCAGCGGACUGAGAGGAAGCAGACCGCGGCAGUGCUCACAUCUGUGUGUCUCUACAGUUUAAAGUCGCUGGUGUCAGGCUGGAUUUGGGGUGUGCUUCUCAUGGGUGCAUCUGUGUGCCGGCACGGCCGCUCGCUCCUGUCCCGUCGCAGCAGGGCCGGUCACAAGGGGUCUCUGAUGGGUGGGGAUGACUCUCUAGACGGUCUGGACAGACAGGAGGACAUCGCUCAGUUCCCAUAUGUGGAGUUCACAGGCCGAGACAGCAUCACCUGUCCUACCUGUCAGGGGUCUGGACGCAUCCCAUCAGGGCAGGUGAAUGAGUUAGUUGCUCUGAUCCCCUACAGUGAUCAACGGUUACAGCCAAGAAGAACGAAGUUAUAUGUGGUGCUUUCAGUGAUUUUGUGUCUACUGGCAUCUGUUUUGGUGGCGUUCUUCCUGUUUCCACGUCCUGUGCUGGUUGUUGAUGAUGGCAUUCGCUCUGUGACUGUGCAUUUUGACCGUAACAACAGCAAAGUGAUCAUCAACAUGACGAGCUCUCUGAACUUCACCAACUCUAAUUUCUUCACGGUGUGGGUGGAUAGCGUGAGCUGCCAGGUGCUCUACAUGAAGACAGUCAUCGGAUCUCAACAGCUAGACAAUGUCAUCCACAUUCAACCUCUCAGCCAGAGACAGGUCAACUUCACUGUCAGUAUGGAGAUCGGAGGGAGUCUCUCUUACGUUUAUGCCUUUUGCACCAUGGCAAGCAUCAAGGUCCACAACAUUGUGGUGUUUAUGCAGACCUCUGUGAAAACCUCCUACAUGGUGCGGGCGGCACAGAACACACUGGAAGCUUACCGCUACAUCGACUGUGGCGCCAACUCCACCAUCCACCAGCCCUCAGGAUUGGUUUGGUCUAAACCUCACUUCCCUCAGAAUGGGAAACUGCUCAGGUGAAGCAUCAGACGGUUUGAUUCUCCAUGGCAGCUCAGUUUCAUCAAUUUUCACUCCCAAUUUUGUGCUGCACUGAAACCGAACCCAUUGAACAGAGCAGCUGUGAUGUAAGAUAUUGCUUGAAUUGAUCUCUCAGCACAGAUAAUGAUGGUGUGAUGACUACUAAAUGAAAAACAGAGCUCUCUUUUCAAAGUCUUUGCCAUUUCAAGAGCUGUAGUGUUAAUCUAAUUAGUCUAAUAAGGGUGUUAUAUCAUUUUGCAGUGAUUGAUAAAAAAGGAGAUUUAAUUAAUGGAUUGUUAAUGAUGAGGUGCACUUUAAAAUACUUGGUUUUGAUGAAUGAGCUGUUCUGUGAAAUAUUUUACGCAUUCUUGAUUAAGUCUUAUGCAAAUGUCUCUAAUUGUCUCUGCAAUGCCAAAGAUUUCAAAUCCAUCCAUCAGUCACAAAGACUAAGUAUCAGAACAAAUGAAAACAGCAUGUGUGUAUGUUCUCACAGGGUUUGAUUUGUUGUGAAGUGAAAAGUGUUCAGAUACUGAGAAUAAGGAAGCUGUUACAAAACAAUCAAUUAAGAGUAUCACUUUACUCCUGUGAUGCCAUGAAUACUGAGAUUAAGGAAAUUAGAUGUACAAUAGCAGGAUGUUUUGUUCAAGUGUUUAGACCAAUGUAUUAGACUGUCAUGAGAAUCAGAUUACUGGUUUAGUCUCUGAAAAAAGGUACAAAAGCUAUUCUUGGGUUGGUACCCUUUAAGGUACCAGUAUGCAUGCUUACAUGUAAAAGAGGUGCAAGCUUUUUUUUUAAAAAAAUAC